AUGGAAGUGAGGCUUCUCCUCUUAGGGAAGCGGGGUGCAGGGAAAAGUGCCACAGGAAACAGCAUUCUGGGCAAAGCCGUGUUCGAGUCCAGGUUCAGUGAGCAGCCGGUGACUAGAAGCUGCCAGAGAGGGAGUGGGGUCACGCAGGGGAGGGAGGUUGUGGUCAUCGACACCCCCGACCUUUUCUCUUCGGAUAACAUUAAGCGCUGCUUGGAGCUCUCAGCUCCCAGCCUCCAAGCCCUGCUUCUGGUAAUUCCCCUUGGCAACUAUACGGUGGAGGACAGACAAACAGCCGAGCACAUUCAGAAUGUGUUUGAUGAGAAAGCCGGGAGGCACACCAUUAUCAUCUUCACUCGGAAGGACGAGGAGGGCUCGCUGGAGGACUACAUUAAAAACAACACAUCUAUUUGGGACUUGGUUCAGCGCUCUAGUGGUCAAUACUGCGCUUUCAACAACAAGGCAAGUAAGGAUGAGCAGGACGCCCAGGUGAAGGAGCUCCUCUGCAAGGUCGAGGAUUUGGUGAAAAACAAAGGACCAUACGCAGUGAACUUAAGGGAUGAAGACAGUAGAUUCCAGGCUACAGUCCAUGAGGUCACGGAAAUGGAUUCUGUGAAUGAAGACACAUUUCAGAGGAAGGACUAUCCACAUGAGCCCCUGCGCAUUAUCCUCGUGGGGAAGAGCGGGACUGGGAAGAGUGCCACUGGGAACACCAUCCUCGGGAGCCCGGAGUUCCACUCUCAGCUGAAAGCACAGCCGGUCACCACGAGCUGCCACGUCGGCAGGAGGACAUGGAACGGGCAGGAUGUUGUGGUUGUGGACACUCCAUCACUCUGUCAGGAGUCCAGAGCUGAAGGGGACCUAUCCAAGCUCGAGAAGGCAGUCGACGACUGUAGGUCCUACUAUAAAGAAGGGAGUACAGUUCUGGUUGUGGUGUUACAGCUGGGACGGAUCACUACAGAGGACAGAAAUGCAGUGGUGGACCUAGAGCGCAUCUUUGGAGCAGAAGUUAUGAAAUACACGAUCGUGCUGUUCACCUGGAAGGAAGAGCUAGAGACUGGGAACCUUGAUGAUUAUGUCAAUAACACAGAUAACAAGCAUCUUAAGAGCAUAAUUAAAAAAUGUGAGGGGAGAUAUUGUGCUUUUAAUAACAAAGAAACUGGCCAAGCCAGGGAAUACCAGGCAGAAAAGCUUUUGACAAUGGCCAGUAAAGUGAUAAAUUGCAGGGGACAGAAUAAAAAUUGCCAUAAAUUGGAUGUAAGCAAAAAUAAGAAAAAUACUCAGGGAAAGUUCUCCAAAUUACUAACUACCCUUCAAGAUAAGAUCCUGAGAAAAAAGAACAAAGUUGUAUGA